AUGCGCCCAUCAGUCAUCUCUGCUUCUACGGCCUUUUUAUUCCUUCACAAGAACCGCAUAAUUCUGAGCCGGCACAUCAAGCGCAGCCUCUCCAAUGCGGCUGCUUCAUACCUCCGUGAGAAUGUCGUCCAAGUACCAGUCGGCAGCAGUGGAAACAUCACAUUGACUGUUCUGUCCCCCAUUGAAAAGCCAGGACCUGAUCUCUCGAACCUCAUAGUCUAUCUGCCUCCUGGCCCGUUGUUCGACACCUCACGGUAUAGAAGAGCCUAUGGCUCCUCCAGUACAAGAAGACACAGCUCUGGCGUUUCGAAAAAAGGGUCUUCCUCCCUUCUACCAGAAGAAAGUCUCGCGAUAACAACCUUAUCCACUACCGUUGCGGUAAAAUACCGUCUUGGAAGGGUACAGGUGGACGGGAAGCAGAAGACUUAUAGAUAUCCUACACCGGUGCACGAUACGUUGGCAGGGCUUGACUGGGCAAUGAAUGAAUUCCAGCCGGAUAAUGUCUUUGUUUUCGGGAGACAUAUAGGCGGCUCAUUAGCCAUUAUGCUGGCUCUGACAGAAGCUCGAGGUCUAAAGGCCGUUGCUGCAGAAGAGCCAGUGUGUGACUGGGUUGGCUUGGAUGAUUACUGCAUUACGGAUAUUGAAACAGAUGGCAAACUUAGAGCAGCGCCGUAUGCGGAGGAAUCGGAAAUAGAACAGGACAAUGAAGCAGAUACCAGCCCUAAUGCACGGAAACGUGGCCGCAAGAAGAAAGAACCAAUACCGACACCGUCAGACCUGGUUCCCUUGCUAGACGCGAGACGAAGAUUAUUUCCAACGCCAGAGAAAUAUUUUGAUGCUUUUGCUUCACCAACGCUAUUCCUCCGGACAUCAGGGAAAUACAUACCUCUAACGUUCCCCGUAUAUCUCACCGGACCGGAGUAUCCUAGUCCUGUGCUGAAACGGCAGCCCAAGACUGAAGCUGACGCGUUAUAUAUGACAGAUUUACUUUCAUCAUCGCCUGCUAGAAGCUCGUCUUCAGGGAGUACGUGUGAAGGCUCAGAGGUGGCAGCCAGCGAACCACCUCUCACAUCCCUGAUUAAACCUGUGCGUAAACGAAAGGUCCUAUCUCGUUGGCCACCGUCUGGUUUGGAUUAUGGGCUGGAAGCAUACGAAUCAAAGAACAGAUGGGUGAAGCGAGAGGAAACAGUGCUUCCGGAUGUCCGGAUAUUUGUCCACGAUCAGGACGCGCAAGCAGCACGAAUGGAAAACCAAGGCAAUGCCACAAACUCAGGCGAGGGUAGCGGCGGUGAUGAGGGCCUUAGCGCGCAGAUGCAAGCUGCUAAGCUGAAUGACGUCCAUAAUGAACAUGGAAUGACGACCCAGAGUCUUCCAUCAGAGCGUAAGCCACGUUCAUCAACUCGCUUUCGAGGAUCCCUUCGAAAUAUCGGAAGAAUAAGCGGUGAUACGGUGUUAACUCGCCAAGGCAAAGAGAUGGUCUCACUCAUGCAUAAUGCAUGUUUCUGGGGAAGAGAAAAGGGGGCUGCUGAACGAUGCGUAAAGCUGGUUCCGAUAGCAGCCCACGAUAGAAGCCAAAUACCACGCCCUACUGAUAGUGAGUUACAUACAGUAGACGCAACUACAGAUCUAGAUUCCAUUUCUCAGCAGUCUCAUCCUGUUGAGGUACAAGCUGGACGACACUUUAUGGAUCUUUUGCGUAAUGAUACGUCAGAGUGA